AUGACGACUGCUCUUCCCGGAGGGAAAACGAACAUAGACCAGGCGGAUGCCAUACCCACACGAUAUCGACACACACUAGGCCCUCAGUCCCCCUUAGUGGAUUUUAUCUCGACUUUACCUCCAUAUGAAGUGGCAUCUCUGCUUGUGGAUACUUACUUUGACCGAGCCCACUGGUUCAUACUUGUCUUCCGCCAGGAGGAUUUUCGUGCAAAAUGGCAACAAUUGUACCAAAAUCUUGCAGAAAGACCCACCGAAAUCAAUUUUGGUCUCGACUUCAUUAGCACAUUGUUCAUGGCCAUGGUAAUCGGACUACAGUACGCAGGGCCUCAUAGACGGCGGCUGUUGAUGGCGCAUAACGUUGAUGCAACGAUUCUGAAAGAUACCAUGCUCGCUUUAGUCCGGGCUAAGAUGAUGGAUAUCGUUGCUUUGGGAUCCUUAGAAGCGGCACAAACUUGCAUUAUUCUUGGUACCUAUUAUCUAUAUCAUGGGGACCCCGGACUAGCAUGGCCGAUUUGUGGAUGCGCACUACGCAUUGCACAAGCCUUGAAUCUGCAUCGUCGGAUAGAUAUUGCCCCCGCACGUCUUGCAUCCAUGUCAUUAGAUAUGCGCCGCCAAUACGAAACAAGGAAACGUUGUUGGUGGGCAAUCUAUGAAAUCGAGGCAUUUUGCUCAAUGUCCUACGGAUUUCCUCAAGCCAUCAGAGAUAUUGAUUGCGAUAUCGAUUUGCCGGAUCCUAUGCCCAUCGGACAAUCACUUCCUUCGUCCAAUGCAAUGAGAGAGGAGCAAGUCAGCCUUCUUUCCUACAAGUACUUGAUGUCCAAGCUAUCAAUUCUCACCAAACUCAUCCUGACAGAAAUAUAUGGGGCUAAUCUCAGUGGGCCACAAGGACGAGGUCAGCCAUGCGAUUUUGCAAACUGUAACUCGACAAGACACCAUUUGGCCCAUGUGAUAGCCUUCCUGGAGACCAAGUUGCUAAAAUGGAAACAAGAAAUCCCGCCACAACUUCAUCUCAACAACCCCGAGACUGCAUCAAUCAAUUACACUUCCGUAGAAGAGACGGACCAAGAUAUCGGCGCGUCCGGUCCGAAGUUCGUUAACUACAUCUAUCAACUCCAAGCCCUUGCCCUCGGAAUUGCAUACGAAAAUGCUAAGCUCCUGGUUUAUCGUCCUCUCUUGCAAUACAAACAAAUCCCUAAAGUCGGCAUGACACCCACCCACUCCACCGGCCCUUUAUAUCAAACCCUAUAUCAUUGUCGGGAUGCUGCUAUCAAGAUAUCAGAGAUUGGAUCCGCGUCGAUCUUCUCGUUGGCAGCAGAUACAUACGCAGCUGCUUUCAUCGGCAUCCACACCUUCACUGCUGGUGUCACACUUUGCAUAUUGACCAGUAUCGAACCAUUGACGUUGGAAUCCCACAAAUCCAAAAUGGGAUUGCACCGACUGCUGGGCAUGCAGAGGACUUUGGCCCCGAAUUCACAACUAGCUGCGCAAGGACUGGGGAUUCUUGAACGGCUAACGAGGUUGGUUAUGGAAAAAGAGUUGAAACAAAUGCUUGCACAGACCGACACUCAAGCAACUAUGGUAUCUACCGCAACUGAAGGGCAGAGUUAUGGAUCUCCCUCUGUAGGGACCGGAAUGUCAGAACGAGUUGAUGGGUCAGUGAAUGACUUCGCCAACUUUGACUUCAGGGAAGAUCCUACCAUCUCACAGACUCUUUCGGAUUUUGACAUGGCGAUAUCUGGUCGGAUGCCUGCGGAAACCGGUGCUGUAGUUGAUGAUCUGGAGAGACAGCUUUUCCCUGAACUCUGCGACACCACUGACAGAUUUGCCCAGCAGCAGGCGUGGAUCUGGGGUGGUGACUAUUUAGCUCAUUUCCCGGGCUUUGCUGAUGCCUGA